AUGGGAAGCAGAGUGCACCUUGAGUUCUUACCUGAUAAACCACACGUUGCGGUUAUCCCCAGCACAGGCAUAGGCAAUAUCACACCCCUCCUUGAGUUCGCAAAGCACCUUGCAACCCACCAUGGCUUCCAUGUCAGCUUCCUCUACACCACCACCGACUCAUCCACCGCACAAAACCAACAAGUUCACUCACCCCACCAUCCCCCCAACCUCCACGUCGUCAAUCUCCCACCCGUUGACCUCUCCGACAUAGUCAACGACCAGACCCCAAUCCUGACCCGCCUGUGUCUCAACCUGGAACAAAGCUUUCACUACCUUAACACACAACUUCCUCAACAACACAACAAACCUCAAGCCAUAGUCAUUGACAUGUUCUGCACCCAAGCUUUCGAUGCCUUCAAGGACCUUCCCAACAUUCCCAUCUUUAUCUACUUCACUACCUCCGCACACAUGCUCGCUUUCUCUUUGUUUCUCCCACAACUCGACAGUGAUGUGGAGGGUGAAUUCGUGGACCUUCCCGAACCGGUUCAGGUACCCGGGUGCAAACCCAUACGAAUUACAGACUUGAUGAACCAAGUCGCGAACCGGAAAAUCGACGAAUACAAAUGGUGCCUUUAUCAUUUUGGUCGUUUACCAAUGGCUAAAGGAAUAAUUUUGAACACGUGGCAAGAUGUGGAACCUGUCACGUUCAAAGCACUGAGGGACCACUCGUUUUACCAGAACAUACCCAUUCCACCGGUUUAUCCCAUUGGACCGUUAAUUAAAGAAUACGAACCGGUAACAGAAACUACACCGGAAUGCCUUGCUUGGCUCGAUAUCCAAUCCUCUGGUUCGGUUCUGUUUGUUUCGUUCGGUAGUGGGGGCAUUUUGAGUGUGGAACAACAAACCGAGUUGGCUUGGGGGUUGGAACUAAGUGGCCAACGGUUCAUGUGGGUGGUUCGUGCGGCCAAUAAUUCCAAUGCCUCUGCCACGUUUUUCAACGUUGGUGGCGAUGUCAAUGAUCCGACGUCUUAUUUGCCUGAAGGGUUUCUUGGGAGGACGCGAGAGAGAGGUAUGGUAGUUAUGUCGUGGGCUCCACAAGCGACGGUUCUACGCCACGCAUCUACGGGCGCGUUUUUGUCACACUGCGGAUGGAACUCCACGAUGGAGAGCGUGGCGAAUGGGGUGCCGAUGAUCGCGUGGCCAUUGUACGCAGAGCAGAGAAUGAAUGCUACGAUGCUGGAAGAAGAUGUAGGCGUCGCAGUGAAAGUGAAGGGAGAAGGUGUGAUUGGAAGGAAAGAGAUUGAGAGAGUUGUGAGAAUGGUGAUGGAAGGAGAAGGAGGAAAGGUUAUGAAACAAAGAGCAAGAGAGUUGAAAGAUAGUGCAGCAAAAGCGUUAGAAAUCGAGGGUUCUUCCUCCAUGGCACGAGCGUCUCUUGCAAAACUACUCAUAGCUGAGUAG